AUGGCUGCGCAGAAAAAGACACAGAAAAAGCCCAAGGGCGCAAAGGAGGCUGGUCAACCAACACAACGGGCCCCGGCAUCGUCAAUCCUGCUCAACGCCGGCCGAGCAGCAGCACUCCUCCUCAUUGCAGGUUUUGCGUCUCCAGUCUCUCAGCUCAAUCUUUCUCCCAUCUAUGGAUCCAUUCCGGCGUCUUUACAUCACCAGCGGACCAUGACCAUUGUCGCCGUAACAUCUUUGCUAGUCCGACGAGGACUCAAGAGUUAUGUAUCGGCAGACGUUUCACAGUACAUCGCGGUGGUCGCGUACUGGACUCCUGUUAUCCAGUUUCUCCUGUUCCCGUACAGUGAAAAGAUGGGCAUUGAGUACGGGCCCAUGGCUAUCGAGCUUCUGACCUACUUUCCGCUGCUCUUCUUGUCUAUGUUCGCUGCUGCCGAUUUACUCGAAUGCAUCGACAUCACUGGUCUUAAUCCGUCCCCAUUGAAGGAGAUUGUCAUUCCUACCGUCUCUUACUUUGCUGUUUCGACCACAGCCAAGGCCAGCAGCGCUCUUAUCCCCAGCUUCAUUGGCACAUCGGUCUACUUUACUCGCAUUGGCCUUCAAAUGCUACUGGCAUCUGCAUCAGCCUUCCUCAGCCCUUCGCGCGUCAUCUUGCUGGCAUUCCCAGCCAUCUUACACACGCUGUGGACAAACCCGCAUCAUCCGUCAGCACAUGGGCUGCAACUGGCCAACUCGACUCUUCAGGCAACGCAAAACCACAGUCUUCUUGCUCGACACGAGUCGGUUACAGGCUACAUCUCUGUCGUGGAAAGCCAUGCCGAGAAUGCUUUCCGUCUCCUGCGAUGUGAUCACUCGCUUCUCGGCGGCGAAUGGCUCGUAACACCGGAAGCAUACGCCAAGGGCCAACGACAGCGCGAGACCAUUUUUGCUGUCUUUGUUCUCCUCGAGGCUAUCCGACUCAUCGAACCCCCAGUAGACACGAUUGCCCGCGUGCCUGACAGCAAGAAGUCGGCUCUGAACAUUGGCCUUGGUAUUGGCACAGCGCCCAACGCCAUGAUUGCCCACGGCAUCAACACGACGAUUGUCGAACUCGACCCCGUCGUCCACCACUACGCCACCAAGUACUUCAACCUUAGCCCGAAGCACAACGCCGUCAUCCGCGACGCCACAGCCUACGUAGCCGAGAAAUCCGUGUCAGCGCCAGGAAGCUUCGACUACAUCAUGCACGAUGUCUUCACCGGCGGGGCGGAACCGGUCUACCUCUUCACCACCGAGUUCAUGCAAGGGCUAUACGACUUACUCAGCGCCGACGGCGUCGUCGCCAUCAACUAUGCGGGCGACCUGACUCUCGGCAGCACGCGACUCGUGCUCAACACGAUCCACGCCAUCUUCCCCGCAUGCCGCAUUUUCCGGGACACACCCGCGCCCGAUACGCUAAAAGAGGGCGACCCAGACUUCAUCAACAUGGUCAUCUUCUGCGUGAAAAACGACCACGGCCGCGGAAAAGCCGCGGUGCGGUUCCGCAACCCCACGCGAGACGACUUUCUCGGCAGCAUCGCCCGCCAGAACUUUUUGCGCCCACAGGACAAGCUAGAAGUCGACUAUGACUAUGUGAGCAAGGAGCAGGGCGGCAGGGUCAUGGGAAAUGCCGAUGUGGCCGAGUUGGAAAAGUUCCACAAGGACGGCGCCGUCAGCCAUUGGAAGAUUAUGAAGUCGGUGCUUCCCGGUGGCGUGUGGGAAAUGUGGUAAGAAGUUUGGGAGGGUGUGAGAACUGACUAGACCUGCCUCACUAGUGCUAGGGUGCUUCACCGUUUAUUUGUUUUUUCGUUUUUACUGAAGGCUGCGGCGGGUACAUGUGCCUGGUGAAACAAGAAGAGUGAGACACUCUGCCGUUGUCACGUGCAGGUUGCAGCUGACAUCCGGUGUGGUAGUGUGUGUGUGUGUGUGUGUGUAUGUCGAGC